AUGAGAAUGGUAAAAGCAAACAGCGGACAUAAUUUCGAACUUCUUCAAGAGAAGCUUGAUAAACAGACGGAUGCAUUGGAACGUAAAAUGUUAGAUGUAAAGCCGUGGUAUUUACAAGGUGAAGUUGCAGCUACUAGACGAAACGAGAAUACUUUGCUUGAAGAACACUUUGACGUACAACGCCACGGUCUUUUCAAGCCAGAUGUUCAUGACGAAGCUGCUAUAAAUGACUACAUUAUAAAAGCCAUCAAAAAAGAUCCUGUUUUCAAAGUUAAGGAAGUUAAAGGGCCUUCUAAAGAAAUCCCAUUACAAAAUGUUGUUCAGAAGUCACUGGUAGAGGAGUAUGAAAGUUUUCUCAAGAGAAAUCAGAUUCUUGAAGAAGACCAAGGAGACCCUCAAAAGAAUGCAAUCCAAGCUGAAAUGUUGGAGCUCUUCGACAAAUUAGAUAGACUUUCUAGUCUGCAUUUUGUGCCACAUAAGUACAUACCCGCUUCCACGUCUGCUAAGAAUGAUGCAGCAUCAAAAUUAGAAGAACCUGGACCCACAGUCGUCUCAACAGCCAAUCUCCUAGCUCCAGAAGAGAUUUGCCCACCAAGAGGUGAAAUACUUAUUGGUAAAAAUGAGCGCACUCUUGCUGACCGUCGGCGACAUCGUCGAAAACUAAUGAGGAUAAGAUCGAAACAACUUAAUCCCCCGAAGAAGGGGAAAGUAGAUGAACAGCAAAUGGCCAUGGCCAAAGUGACCAAAAUGGCACACCGACCGAAUUCUAACAUUAAAAUUGUAAAGUAA